ACCCGGAAGCUGACGCCAGACCCGAGCUGUUCCAUCGGCGGAGUAAAGAUGGCUGACCAAGGCGCCGCAGAUCCUGGUAAUAACAACAAUAAUAAACCUGAAGCCUCGGAGGGAACUAUAAUUAAGGUCACAGUAAAAACCCCUAAAGACAAAGAAGAAAUCGCCAUCGCGGAAGAUGCCUCUGUCACUCAGUUUAAAGAAGAGAUCUCGAGGCGAUUCAAAGCCAAACAGGACCAGUUGGUUCUGAUAUUUGCAGGGAAGAUCUUGAAGGACGGCGACAGCCUCAGCCAGCACGGCAUCAAGGAUGGCCUGACAGUUCACCUAGUCAUAAAGACAGCACACAAGGCGGGAGAUGGCGGUAGCACCUCUGCCUCUAGCUCAUCCUCUACUCAAGCAGGCAGUACCUCCACCUCUAGUCCAGGCACCAACCCCUCCUCCACAGCAGGCUCCACGGGGACUGCCGUGCCACCCUCACAGACGCCCAACAUACUGACUGGCUUCGGUGACCUGGCGGGUCUGGCUGGACUGGGCAUGGGCUCCGCUAACUUCAUGGAGCUGCAGCAGCAGAUGCAGCGGCAGCUCAUGUCCAACCCGGAGAUGCUCUCUCAGAUCAUGGAGAACCCGCUGGUGCAGAACAUGAUGUCCAACCCGGACCUGAUGAGACAGAUGAUCAUGGCCAACCCUCAGAUGCAGCAGCUGAUGGAACGCAACCCUGAGAUCUCCCACAUGCUCAACAACCCUGAACUCAUGAGACAGACUAUGGAGCUCGCCAGGAACCCAGCCAUGAUGCAGGAAAUGAUGCGGAACCAGGACCGGGCUCUGAGCAACUUGGAGAGCAUCCCAGGAGGUUACAAUGCCUUGCGGAGGAUGUAUACAGACAUCCAGGAACCCAUGUUCAGUGCCGCCAGGGAACAGUUUGGCAGCAACCCAUUCUCAGCUCUAGGUGGGAACUCCGAGUCUGGUGUCCAGCCGUCACGGACGGAGAACCGUGAGCCCCUUCCCAAUCCAUGGGGGCCACCAAGUUCUUCUAACCCCUCUGAGAGUGCAGGGGCCUCCACGGGAAGCGCCAGCACCACUGCGGGCACCACCCCCAGUGUGUCCAACCCUCUGGGCAUCAAUCCUGGCAGUCUGGGCAAUGGGAUGUUCAACAGCCCGGGUAUGCAGAGUCUACUGCAGCAGAUCUCGGAAAACCCUCAGCUGAUGCAGAACAUGCUGUCGGCUCCAUAUAUGCGCAGUAUGAUGCAGUCACUGGCUCAAAAUCCAGAGUUGGCCUCCCAGGUUUUGAUGAAUAACCCCUUGUUUGCUGGAAACCCACAGCUGCAGGAACAGUUCCGAUCUCAGUUGCCCAUCUUUCUGCAGCAGAUGCAGAACCCAGAAGCUCUGUCAGUCAUGACCAACCCCCGUGCCAUGCAAGCUCUAAUGCAGAUCCAGCAGGGUCUACAGACACUGCAGACAGAAGCACCAGGCCUCAUGCCCAGUUUGAUGACAGGCGGAGUACCUGGCAUGCCUACGGGUGGAGUUCCCGGUCUGCCCACGGGUCUCCCCACAGGUCUCCCCACAGGUCUACCCACAGGUCUGCCCACGGGUAUGCCAACAGGUAUACCCACAGGAGGGGGCUUGCCCACAGAGAACCCGGCCUCCUCGCCCAGCAGUGCAGGAACAAACGCCGCCCAGCAGCAGCUGAUGCAACAGAUGCUCCAGAUGUUUGCUGGAGGAGGUGGAGGAGGCACUGCAACGACCCAGACCCCAGAGGUGCGGUUCCAGUCCCAGCUGGACCAGCUGAGCGCCAUGGGCUUCAUCAACCGCGAGGCCAACCUGCAGGCCCUCAUCGCUACUGGAGGAGACAUCAACGCGGCUAUUGAGAGACUGCUGGGCUCACAGCCCUCGUAAAGACAUACAGUACAUACUGACACACAGACACGUGCAUACACACAUACCUGAAUCAUAAACACACCCAGCAUCUACAGAGAACCAAGAGAAUAAAAGUGUAUUGUCCCAAACUUUACAGAAGAAACUUGGGCAGGAUCUGUAAGACCCUCAUUCUACAUCUGCUCUCAGAUCAUUCCCUAGUCCCCAUACUUUCUCUUUUUGGCGUCAACCAACCAGAUCUCUGUCUCAGAGUGCUGCUGUAGAGCUGGACUGAACCACACUCACCUUGAGGGGGUGUUCUGGUGCAGAGAAAAGGAGCGAAAAAACUCUCCUGAAAAGGGAUUCCCAACCAUUUCUUCAUUCAUUUCUUUCUUCACAUAAAAAACUGGAGACAAACACUUACAUAAUACAGAUUAAACCCAUGUGAUGUCAUUGGCUGUUGGCUCUGUUUCAUACAUGGCCAGUGUGAGGCAGUGUGUUAGCAUUUAACUAGCAAAUCAAUAUAUUCUUAUUUUUUCUUUUUUUUUUUUCUGGUAAGCAUUUUUCCUGAACACGAACAGGAAGUUACCUUGUCCAUACAGACAUUCAACCUCAUUCCUCCCUCUCUCCUCUGUUUUCGACAUUCUACACAAGUAGCUGGUUAUGCCCAACAACUUUCACUAUUUAUUGCAAGCGCUUAAGAUAACGACGCCCUCCACACUUCCCUAAACUUGUAAUUUGUCAUUCCAGAUAAAAGUGCCCACUCACUGGUGCACAGUGUCUUUUCCUUCUGAGGCACCACUGCUGUGCCUUCUGUCCUUCCUAUCCCUCUGAGAAUAUUGUCAGGAAAUUACAACCCCGCCCCCCCACACAUUCAUUUGGUUAAUUAGAAUCCCCUCCCCCCCUAGGAAAUUCUACACAGCAUCAUCCAGAACUGUAACCAUAAUCAAAUAUCACAUUCUAGCAGCUCCGAAGCACGGGACGCUGUUAAAAAUGAAUAUGAAUGAAACAAACAAGCUUUCCUUUUGUUUUAAUCUGAUUCUUCUUUUUAUUCUUUUUUUUUUCCUUUGUUUUGAGGUGCAGUUAGUACCUAGAGAUAAUUUUGAUUUGUCUCGCAUUAAAAUAAACGUGGAAAUCAAGUGAGUAAAAUAAAUAAAUAAUGGAAAGGCUUUACAAACAAUUAUGGUGGCACCAUAUGUUUCUAAAAUCAAGUUCUAGGUUGUCUUAUUAUUAUUAUUAUUAUUUUUUUUUCCUUUUGAAAAUCUCAGCAUUGUAGUUGUGGUAACUUUGGCAACUGCUUCUAUAGCUGCUUUGUCUGUUGACCUCAGCUGAAAAUAAAACGAAAAAAAUCCAUCUCCCAAUUGAACAUGUUGAAACUAACUUUUAACAGUACUGUACUAAAAAAAUAAAACACGGUCAAAAACAGUCUA